AUGCCCCAAACCCCUCAUCAAAGUACAAAAGAUCAACUUCGACACUAUUCUAACAUUCCUUCUACUUCUGGUGCAACUCAAAGAGCAAACGAAAACACUUAUAUCCAUCUUCCUCCAGGUGUCAUUGGUAUAGAUUCUAACAUGAUCAUCAUGACUUCUGAAUCUACUACAACAAUGCCUCAAGGUAGAGUUUCCCCUAUUAAUGACUCUCAACCUGAUUCAAGUUCUAACAAUGACCAAAAAUCGAAAGUCAAAUUACUUACUUAUGACGAACAUCUACCUGGAGAUGGUAGUACCAAGAAAUCUCAAACGAAAGAUCAGGGUCAUCCUGUAUAUCAAGCCCGACCUCAAAUUCAAGUUCAAGCUCAAGCUCAAGCUCAAAAUCAGACCGAAUCAUUUGCGGACAAAGCUAAUGUGUCGUCUACCCGUCAAGGUCAAGCCCAACCUCAAGGUCAAUCACGAGCAAGUCCCAUCGGUUCCAGAGCUCAGCCCGACCAGAAAGGUCGUUCAAAUAUCCAGCCUAGCAAUCAAGGUACUCACACUCAAGGUCAAUACCCUCAAAGCCCCCGUAUCAACAAUCCAUAUUCCGGUACCCACCAAAGAACAGCUCCUAGCGGACAUCCCAGACAGUUUAUUCCUGAGCCUCACAGGACAAACAUUAAUGUAUCUACUAUCAACGGGUCAAAGAGAAGUGCCCCUCCUAUCUCUCUUCUGCCAGGAUAUCUUGCCAGUUCUCAGUUAAAUACUAAACAAAAUCAGCAAGGGGGAUACAUUCCUACCGCUACCGCUACCGAUUUGGAGCGUAGGAGGGGCAGUCUCAACGAGACAGGACUUCGUCAAGGUAAAAGAGGCACAUUUUCUAAUGGUCAGAGCUCUCCUCAGCAGUCUCCAGCCUACACGAAUGACCAGCGACGAGCAGUCGCUCGAGGUGUUCACACUCAGACAUCUGUCUCACACCAAGGUGGUAUUUAUGCCGAAUUGGUUUGUGACACUUACGAGGAUUCUCAACAUGAAGCAGAAUACUCGGAAAGACAAGUCCCACUUGAGGCGAUCGAUAAGUAUCAUAAUUUCGACACCUCGAAAAAUCAGUUGCCAGUCCCUUAUCACUCCUCCUCGAUGAGAACACAGCCAGCGUCAUUGCGCAGAAAUCAACAGCCGUCAGGUCCCCCCUCUAAACCUCGUUCCUAUGACAGUAAUAAUCCUCACUAUCUCCAUGCCAAUCAAGUCGAAACACAAGAGACAUGGAUCUCCGAGGACCCCGUAGGGACUGAAAGACCAGUAACUGAACGUUCCCGUAUCGAAAUCGUGUCAGGUGAUUUUGGCGACUUUAGUGAUGACGAAGUCCCCGAUUUUGACAACUCCGACAACGAACUCCCUCUUGCACCAUCCGCAUCCAAGAAGAGAGUCUACAGCCAAGGAGAAGAAGAGGCAAAAGACGGUGAAUCUGAUUCCUUACCUUCUAUACUCGACGGAGGAGAAGCGCUUACACUUGCUCAUACCCCAAGAUCUCGCUUCAAGAUCCCUUGGGAGCUGAAGAGUCAUACCACGAUCUUCGAGACUAUCAUUAAUAAGGAGAAAAUCUUCAAAAACGCUCUUGAGAUUGCAAAACAGCCUCAAUACACCAUUACCUGGAGCGAGGUCGGAGACAAUCACAAACUUCAAAGUCAAGGUCUCAAUGGCGCCCAUCAUCAUUAUGGCGAAUUCGAGCUUGCAUUGAAAGAGCUCGUCAAUAUCAAAGAUGACGAGCUCAAGCGUAAGAUUGAUCUCACAGAGAGAUACGCCGAUGCGGGUUCUCAUCUCUCCUACCAAUGCGUUAGUAUGGAACAGGCUACCAGGAAUAACAAGAAGAGAAGGUUCGGCAGUGAGGUCGAUUAA